GUCUUAUCCUUAGCAAAAUGGCCGAUAGCAGCAGGACUUAUCGAGACAGCGAUCGCGGACGAGAUGAGAGAUCUCGUUCACCCCGGAGACAUCAUUCGCAUUCGCACCGUGCACGUUCUCCUCAUAGGCAUCAUCACAAGCGCAAACGCUCGCCAGAUGCGCGACCUAAAGAGCUCCCAUUCAACUCUAGAGAGUUAGGAAAACGAGAUUACGAUGCGUUUAGACCGAUGUUUGCGACAUAUCUCGACAUACAAAAGCAGAAGAUAUUGGAGGAUAUGGACGAAACUGAAGUGAGGGGUAGAUGGAAGUCCUUCAUAGGCAAAUGGAAUCGUGGGGAGCUAUCAGAGGGGUGGUAUGAUCCUUCUACAUUCCAAAGAGCUGUCGAAUCAGCUGCCGAGUAUGAAUCGAAGCGCCGCGCGGAGCGACCAAAACCCAAAAGAGUAUCAGUCGAAAGGCAAAGCUCUAAACAAUCUGCGACAGAAGUUGUAGAAGAAGACAGCGAUAGCGACGAUUCCAUAGGACCUGCGUUACCGGGACAAGAGAGCAGGUCGAGAGGAAGGAGGAAGGGCCCAAGUAUACCCAACAUACAAGACUUAGAGCUCAAAAGAGAAAUGGACGCCGAAGAUGGCCUUGCUCGAAGAGAUGAUAUAAGGUUUGCUCGCAAGGUCGACCGAAAGGAGCAGAAGGCAGCUCUAGAUGAGCUUGUGCCACGAGCCGAAGCAGGCACGCGGGAGCGUCAAUUGGAGAAGAAGAAAGAAGUCAAUGAGAAAAUGAAAUCGUUCAGGGAAAAGUCCCCAGGCGCGGCCGAAGUUCCGGAUACUGAAUUAAUGGGUGGAGGGGAUGGGAUCGAGAGCUUCAAGCAGGAGAAGGAGAAAUAUGAGCGGAAGAAGAAUGAGAGAGAGUUACGAAAGGAAGAAAUGCUGAGAGCAAGGAUGGCGGAAAGAGAGGAGAGGCUGCAAGAAUACCGGACUAAGGAAGAAGGUACCAUGGCUAUGCUGAAAGCAUUAGCCAAACAGAAUUUUGGAUGAAGCUCUUUUUAGGAUAUUAAGUUAUGAACGAUAUAUAGUAGCCUUGGGGUGCCAUGGCACUACAUCUUUUCCAUAACGGGUUGCUCGAUAUCUAGCGACGAAUCUGGAAAACGACUUCUUGCCUGGAAUGAUGAAGCCAUUCUUUAAUACAGUUAAAGGAAGGAGUAUUCGCUUCAGUUGAUCAGAUGUGAGUGAGCUAUGGGCC